GCAGGCAGCCAGCACAGCAUUACAAAAGUACUCGCACACACGGUUAAACAUGGCAGGCCGGAGAGCUCUGUUGGCCAAUUAGUUUCCGGCUGUGUAAAACGGUUUUAUGUGCAAAAAAUGUGCAAAAAGUGCUGACACACUGGAGGACCAUCUGUUGCAUACCUUGAACAAGAGAAAUAAUUGCAAUUUUAUCACUUAAAAUUUAACAAAACGAAACAGCGAAAACCAUAACAAAAACAGCGGAAAAUCACAGCUUAUCCACGCAACACGGGCGGGCCACCUGUUGCCAUCCAAUGCAACGCUGGGAUCAUCGGCCGAAACUUUGGGAUUUUCAGAGGAAAGAGGCAAGAGGAAAUAUUCACUAAUUGGCACGGUGGUUGGGCCGCAUGGAUCCGGAGUAUACUUGGGAGAAUGCGGAGGUGCUCCAAUGCCCCAAUGCAUUACGUAUUUACGAGGAUGAUCCGUCGAUUGUUUCAGGAAAGCGUAGCUCAUCGUCACCUGGAGAAUCAGUUUCUUCUUGUGUCACGGUAAAGAAGCGCUUCUCGUCAACAUCAUCCUCAUCGACCUCAUCCUCUUCAUUGGCAUCGUCAUCGAUCGUACAUCAACCGAAAGAAAAGAAGCGCUUUGCAUCAUUUCCAUCCACAUCGACGGUCCCAUGCAAAUCCUCGGAAGAGACGCGCAGUUCGUUAUCGGAGUCAACAUGGUCUAUGUUAUCGUCAUCGGCUUUAUCGGAGCCCCCCGAACUGCUGCGCCCUCAGCUUUCGUCACCGGAUUCACCACAAGGACCGGAAAAGAAGCGAAGUCCGCCACCACCAUGGCAGCCGCCUAAACAGAAGAAACGCACUUCAUUAUCGGAAUCGGCAUGGUCAAUGAUUUCGUCAUCGAUAUCGGCAGCGGAAUCAUUCAAACUACCGCAAGAGAAGCGCAAUUCAUCAUUGCCAUCGAUAUCGGGCAUAACCAAACCGAUGAUCCCCAAUCCCAAUCCCAAUCCCAAUCCCAUAACCAAGCGCAAGUCUUCAACGUCAUCGGUGUCGACUAUCCCAGAAAAGAAUCGCAACUCGACCUCCACAUCGUAUCUACUUGGAAAGAGGAGUAGUGGCUCGGAGGAUAAUUCGAUAUGGGAGUCACCACUAUCCCCUCCCCCGGAUGACAUUUCGACAUGGGAGUCACCCCUGUCCCCACCACCAGAAAGGAGGCGUAAGUCAUCGGAAAAGAAGCGCAAAUCAUCCGAAAAGAGGCGUAAGUCCCAUGAAAAGAAGCGCAAAUUAUCUAAAAUGUCAAUGUACUCGGAUAUAUCUGACUCCCCCGUGUCCCCGCCACCGGAAAAGAGUCUUAAAUUAUCUCGCAUGUCGAUGUACUCCGAUAUAUCAGACACGCCCGCAUCUCCGCCACCGGAAAAGAGGCGCCAGUCCACUGACAUGUCAAUGGAAUCGGCUAAGUCGGAGCAAUCGCAGGCAUCAACCCAAUCGAAGGUAAACGAGCCAUGGUAUAUGCGCACUCUGGAUCCCAGCGCUGGGCCGAGGGGCUUUGCCCGAGGGCUGGAACCGAUCAAGGUACUGGCCGCCACCGAUGCCCUGGGCGACAUCAUGCACUUGAUGCAGUGGAAGGGAUGCUCCCAAAUUGAUCUGGUGUCACAUGAGGAGACCAGCACUUUGUGUCCCCAUCUGGUCAUCGAGUACUACGAGCAGCUUCUGUCCUGGCACAAUGUGCCGAAUCUCACGGAUGUCAUACUCGGUGUCAGUAACUGGAAGAAAAAGGGUUAUGUCAACCGAUACAGAGAUAGAUAUGGCAAGAAAGGUCCACGGCCAACCGAAAUUCUGUGAUUUUUCCAUGAUGAAUCAUAGGAUCAAACAAUAAACAAACAAACAAAAAUAUCAAAUAUAUAUAACCAAUAAAUGUACACAAAUACUAAAAGAACGUAUGUGAAAAUAUCUACUCGAGAUGCAUGCGACCUUUUGUUUUUCAGCAGAUGAAGAAAAUACUAUGAAAAGAAUGCAAACUUGUGCGAAAAUAUUCACUAGAAACGCAUACAAAGUAGUAGUUUUUUUUUGGAAGAAUAAAAUAUAUAUUUAUGUGCGCAAAGGUUUGAAUAAAUGGCCUACAAUAUAAGAACCUAUACUCUAUAUACACAUUUUUUUUGUGAAUUUAUUCACCAUAAAACUACGUACUAAAACAUACCAUGUACUUAGUACGAUGUACCAAGAGAUACACAGAGAGAGAGAGAGAAAUAAUGAAAGAAAAUAUGGCUAUUUUUUUGGAAUAUCUAUGAGAUUGUAUACUUAUGGGGCAGUGGUUUGAGUAGCAGAAGAUAUAACCCCAAAUAUAAGUUGUUUUUCCGUUUGUUUUGAAACUAUUUCAAAGAAGUAAUAAAUGAGCUGUGGUUUAAU